CUGUGUAAGGACAGGAGUGCUCCGCCUGCGUGCAACAGAAUGAACCUUUCCUAUUGAUCAGGUGGUGGAUGAGAAGUGCGGCCACACUUAGUGGUUGGAGCUGUAGGAGACACGACGUCUACAACCGGGUCUCCCGAGGGUCCUUUCAUGCAAUCAUCGCUCAAGACUUUGUUUAUGUUACUCUGCUUGUCUUACGAAUGCAAUGGAAAAAGCUUCAAUUGUUCCUUGGAGAAUUUCCAGAAAUGCAUGGCUUCUCUACAAGCGGUGACACAAAGCGAAAAAUUGGCAUUUGCUACUACCAGAGAGGAGCUGAAAGAUGUCUGUCUACAACUUCAAGAAGGAUUUUAUUGUGUGGAAAAUCACAGCAAAAAAUGUUUUUCUUCUUCUCAAAAGCGAUUGUUUGAUUCUGUUGUUUCCGGAUCACGAAAUGUCAUCGAAGAUCUUUGUGUUCCUGGAAUUGUACAAGAAAAAUAUUUGAGAUAUGCUAAAUGUUUCAAGAAUGUUUCAACUGACGAGAGAAAAUGUGCCACUCAAUAUCAUAGAAUGGUUCACUUAUCAGAAUAUGAAGAGGAUACCAAAAGCGAAGUAGAGGAUGGUUUGAAGGAAACCUGCUGGUACGAUUCUUGUGUGAGUUUUAUACAAAGGUUAAAGGUUAAAUUAUAUGUUCGAAUAUUUAAUAUUUAUUUUAUGUAUUAUUUUAAUUGCAAGAAUAAACUAUUUUCAUUAAUA